UGCUGAGGGGCCAAGGAUGCCCAAUAUGGAAAGAGCCAUGUUCAGCUUUUACCAAAAAGAUCACAGAGAUUUUUUUUCUUUUAGAGAGAGAAAGAGAACAAAUAAGAAUAAGUUUGGAGAGAGAGAGAGAGCUAUGGUGAGGGGGAAGACUGAGCUGAAGAGGAUAGAGAAUGAAACAAGCAGACAAGUGACCUUCUCCAAGAGAAGGAAUGGGCUUUUGAAGAAAGCCUUCGAGCUCUCAGUUCUCUGUGACGCUGAGGUGGCACUUAUAGUUUUCUCUCCAAGGGGAAAGCUCUAUGAGUUCUCUAGCUCCAGCACGCAAAAGACAAUUGAUCGAUACAUUGCACAUAUGAGUGAUGCCACCAAGAGGGCAAGUGAAGGCAAUCUACAGGAACUGAAGCAUGAAGCUGUGAAUAUCGUGAAGAAGAUAGAGCUGGUUGAAGACCAUAAGAGGAAGCUCUUGGGUGAAAAUUUGGAUUCGUGCUCAUUUGAAGAACUGCUUGAACUAGAGGGCCAGCUAGAGAAAAGCCUAAGCAAUAUAAGAGGAAGAAAGACCCAGUUGCUAUCAGGGCAAAUUGCACGACUACAAGAAAAGGAAAAGGUUUUAAUGCAGGAGAAUGCAUCAUUACGGGAGAAGUGCAAGGUACAAACCCGCCAGCUUCAAUUAGAUUCAUCCCCGAGUGAAGUUGUACAUAGCGACUCUACUAGUACCGAUAUGGAGGUGGAGACCGAGCUGAUUAUAGGAAGGCCAGGGACGAGAAGAACACAAAAAACCCUAAGCAAUUGAGUGACGGUAUAUAUAUGGUCUUGAUUAAUGAUACACAUCUGUGAAUCAAAAGCUUGAAUAUAACGUAUACAGGCCUUUGGAAGUAUUAUUUUGUAGAGAAAUUGUGAGUUUAAUGCCAUGUCACGAAAAUGAUUAAUAAUAGUAAUUAAUAAUGAUAACAAGUGAUCUUGAGCUAUGGCUGCUUCAUGUUGAAAAACAUCAAAAUUGAAAGGGCAUUCCAGUAUAUCCUGUAUUUAUAGAAA